UCCUGGAAAGACUUCCCCUAACCCCGAGCAGUUCCACGAACGCACAGAAAGCGCGUCCGAGCAGCGCAAAGCGUAGGAACCUAGGAGUUUGUUGCGGAACAGCUACACUGAAGGAGACAGCAUAAGCAGUUGCCAGCCAUCAUGGCCCAGUGGGCUACCAUUCAGCAGUACCCUCAGGCAACAAGGCAGAUCCAGUCCAUCUACUCCAGUCAGUUCCCCAUCGAAGUUAGACACUUCUUAGCUCAGUGGAUAGAGGACCAGCCAUGGAUGAAUAUCGAUCUGGACAAUGCCCAACACGAGAGUGUGGCCAGCACCCUGCUGGAGCAGCUUGUCACCAACCUGGCCAAUAAGGUACAGGAGUUUGAUGGUGACCAGUUCUUCCCCAUCAGACUCAAGCUGCAGGAGGCGACAGCAACAUUCAAGCAAAAUUAUGAACAGAACCCCUUCCAGUUAGUCCGAGUCAUCAAGAACUGUCUACAAAUGGAGAAAAAGCUCAUUGAGCAAGCCAAAGCACCAGAGCAGAAACUAGAUGCCGCUCCAAUGAUACCCUCUGUGGGUGCUCAGAUUGAGCUGAAGCUGGAGGAACAAGUACAGAGAACUCAGGCAAGUGAACAGACGUUGAAACACUUACAGUCUGAACAGGAGUCCUUCAUCAUUCAGUAUCAAGACAGCCUUAAAAUAACUGCUCAGAUCCAGCAGUUACAGCCCCAGCCCCGGACAACAGAGCUUGUCGCAAAGGAGGCGUUGUUGCAGAAGGAGAAGGUGGAGGUGGAGGUGCAGUUGACUCAGAAAGCCCAGGAGCUGCUACAGCACAGAAUUGAGAUUGCCAUCUACUACCAUCAAACCCUGGUGGGGCUGCAGGAGCUCCAGAAGCAGGUGCUUGACACGGAACUCAUCCAGUGGAAGAGGCAGCAGCAGCAGGCUGGCAAUGGCGCCCCUCUCAAUGAAGGGCUGGAGACACUGCAGAAAUGGUGUGAACUGUUGGCAGACCUCAUAUGGCAAAAUCGGCAGCAAAUAAAAAAAGUGAACUUGUUGAGGGCACAGCUUCCAAUUGACCUCCCUCCAGGGACCAAAAACCUGCUCCCAGAGCUCAAUGACAACAUUACAGGACUAUUGUCAUCACUUGUGACGAGCACCUUUAUAGUGGAAACACAGCCUCCUCAAGUAUUAAAGAAAGAUGCCCGAUUUGCAGCAACAGUUCGUCUCUUGGUUGGAGGAAAACUCAACGUCCAUAUGAACCCUCCUCAAGUAAAAGCAACCGUUAUCAGUGAGAAGCAAGCUCAGGACUUACUGAAGAGUGAUGUAAAGGCCAAGAAUGAGAUGAGUGGGGAGAUACUGAACAAUAUCGGGACAAUGGAAUACCAGUCUAGUUCUGGGCAGCUCAGUAUUACCUUCAGAAACAUGCAACUGAAGAAGAUCAAGAGGGCAGAUAGGAAAGGUACUGAGGCAGUAACAGAGGAGAAGUUCUGUAUCCUGUUCCAGUCAGACUUUAAUGUAGGAGGCAAUGAACUUGUGUUUCAAGUGUGGACAUUGUCAUUACCUGUUGUGGUUACUGUCCAUGGCAACCAGGAAUGCAAUGCCCUAGCAACCAUCUUAUGGGACAAUGCCUUCUCUGCACCUGGGCGCAAUCCAUUUGAGGUACCGGAAUCGGUGCCUUGGCCGCUGUUGGCUGAACAACUGAACGUGAAGUUCAAAGCUGCCACUGGCAGAGGACUGACAGAGAACAACAUGAAGUACCUGGCCAGCAAGAUCCUCGGGCAGAGUGAGGACUACACCAGCAUGCCAGUGUCUUGGGCCCAUUUUAACAAGGAGGCAUUGCCAGGAAGGAACUUCACCUUCUGGGAGUGGUUCUACGCAGUGCUGAAACUAACGAAGGAGCACCUGAAGUCGCCGUGGAAUGAUGGAUCAAUCAUCGGCUUCAUCAGCAAGUUUGAGGCCCAGGAAUGGCUCCUCACCAAGCCCAAUGGAACAUUCCUCCUGCGAUACAGCGAUUCUGAAAUGGGUGGCAUCACCAUUGCCUGGGUAGCUGACAAUGGCAAGCUUGAGGUAUGGAACUUGGCUCCCUUUACAUCGAAAGACUUCUCCAUCCGAGGUCUGGCCGACAGAAUCAAGGACCUGAACAACCUGGCUUUCCUAUAUCCAGACAUACCAAAGAAUCAGGCAUUCUCCAAGUACUAUGUGUCAAAUCCAGAGCAACCAAGUUCGUCUGUAGACGGCUACAUCAAACCCACCCUGGUCAAUGUCAUUCCGGUUCCCUACGGUGCUCCGAUGAACUAUGACAACCCGCAGACACCCCAGUUAAUGUCGCCACUCUCCCCAGCCACAACCAUCUACGACCGAAGCCCAGGCUCUGUCCACAGCACACAACAGAACAUGGAGGAGAUGACCACAGAUACAAAUCACAUUCAUCUGGAUGACUUCCUUAUGGGCGACAUGGACUACAAUUACCCUGAUGACUUUGGCCAGAUCAAUGUGAAUGAGCUUCUGACCAAUAGCCAACUUGUCAAUACCUGAACCAGCACUACAGGUGACUGUGGUGGACUGAGUACCAAGUACACUUCAGCUUGUCACAGAGUGAUCUCCCUUGAAACAGUUUUCCGCCUCCAUCUUUGAUUCAUCCUUUAACCAACCACAUGUUCAGUUGUACUUGUUUCCCUCUGGAUCUUGCCUCUUGUACUACAGCUCAUACUAACGUUCAAGUGGACGUUCAUCGUCCUGCCUACAUUGGGGCAGAAUACAAACACAACAGCUAGUUUGUUUUCCAUUGUACAUAGGAAUUGCAAUCUUGUAAUGAAAGGGUAAGAAGAUGACAACUUAGCGUGCAGGCCUGUCUGUUGAAUCAGAGAAUGUGUCUAGCCUCCGGUUGAAUGCACAUUAUAUAAUAUUUGGUGAUCAAGAGGAUCUGAAUUAUGCCAUAGACAGACAUAUUUCAGUAGUAAUUGUCAUCCUAUGUGUCAAAACAUGUUUGAGGCUUUCUUUCAUGUAGAAAUAACAAUUGUUCACAUCCUUUUAAUCAAGAAAAUGAUCUUUGUUUAAAGCUUUGAGUGAGACGAAAGAUCCAUCUCAAGGUUAGAGGACUUCAAUAGACAAUAUUCAUGAGGCACACACUCACAUAUCCUAUUGUAUUGUACAUACAGGAUCAUUGAUUGUUGCUGACGUGGCAGAAUCACUUCAUGAUCAAUAUCCAUGUAGUUAAUGCUUUUGUUUGGCUGAUGUGUGUAUAGACACUAUGUCAUCUAAUGAUGUAGCUUGUUCAUCAGUGUAAAUGUAUAGUCAACUCGAGUCUCCAGUUCAUGAAAGGGGACAUCUGGUUCAGAAUGGCAAAACCCGGCUAAAACCGGAAAGUUUGCUUCAUGAAUUGUAAAAUACAUGUUUUGUUAUGCCAAAUUCACUAACAGUCGUUAAAUUGAAAAUGUUCCUAUUCUUUGUUUAUUUUCAUUUUGUCCAGAAAUCAGGCUUUGGAGUUUCCAGUAUGCAGUUUAGUAAACAAAAGCCUACAAAUAUUUUUAUCAUGCUUUUUUGACAUUUUAAAAACAAUGGUUUUCAUCCGUUCAUAUAUAUUCACACACUCAUCUCAUUUGGAUUGUUUUGCACUUGCUUGAGAUCUGGAAGCAAGCAGAGUGCUCUCCCUUGUUACAGUGUAAUUGUUUUGUUCAUUCACUUUGUUUAUAUUUGCUGCAUGCUGUUAAACAAGCUUACAUGUUGUAAUUAAAUGCCAUUAUCUUUAGUUCUUAUUAUUCAUCAAUGUGUUUUGCAUAUCAGCACUGUCAGACUGUUACUAGGCAACAGUUAUUUCUCAUUCCAAGAUUCGCAGAUCUUGUCAUCAGCGUGAAAUAGUAAGUCGAUAAUGAAUCUGACAUUAUGAAAAUGAAAAUAUUAAUUUGACUAUGAAAAUGAAAAUAUUGAUUUGGCUAGCAUGCCAAAAAAGUUUUUUAAGUACCACAUGUUCGUUGAGAAAAUAUAUCUGUAACCUUCACUGUUUUAUAUUCAGUUGUGCAUAAUUAUUGAUUGAUUGUUGAUAUAUCAAUAUCAUUCCUGUUGGCUAUUAUGUGUGUACAUCAUGUAGAGCCAUUCGUUGCUGUAUAUGGUCAUGGAUGGCGGGACACAUGCAUAUUGUAUAUUAAACUGGUCAGCAACAACAGUUUUGAAUGCAAUUCAAUUAUUAUCUUUGUAAAACAACAUCUUCGGAUUAGUUUUAUGAAAUAGUAUCUGUUAAUGUAUAUGCAUGUUAACUAAACACAGGCUCCAUCAUGUGACAUAACCUUGAUAUUUUAGUAGAAACAAGAAAGAAUGUACAUUUUUAUAUAGGUGUUGUCUUAAUGUGUUGGCUAUAGGAUCUCCAAUUCUAAUUGUGGGCUGACUCGACAUAUUUUUGCCAUUUUGAUUACCAUUUUUAUUUGUGUGCCAGCACUGUUUGUUAUUUUGUUAUCCCAAUUACACAGACAAUGUGACAUCAUGUGGUGGGUGCAGUCAUAUUUCACUAUGGAUUCCAGCUGGGCCUGGAAACGCAUGAGAAUACAACAAUGUGAGCCAGAUACCUGUAACUGAGUGCCCCCUGGUCACUAACCUCAAUGUCACCUGGGUCUCUAGGAGGGACUAUAUGUAAGAGCAUCCACAGGUAUCAUGAGACUCCAUUACCAUCAGAUCCACAUGUAAAUGACAAAUUUCGUCAUUUCUCAAUCAGAAUAAAAUUGUAUAUACCCAGUUCUUGUAAAGGAUGCAAUAGGUCAUUUUCCAGAUGGACUAUUGUGUUGUACAAGCUUGUGCAAGGUGUAUGGAUUACAGUGAACUGACUUCUCCAGUGCUGUGUGAGGAGUCAGGUUGGCGGCAUCUGUGGAGGUGCAGAGUUGUCUCCCUUGUUUCGACUUGAUUCCCACUGUGUCACUGAUUUUAUCUUGCUUUAAGUUUUAUCCUUUAGCAUGCUUUUUAGCCAAGCAAGCAUGUGUUUGUUUCUCACAAGCUGGUAUGGUAACAUGCCUACUGACUCCUAUAUGUUUCAACAUCUCAGUAUUUGCAUGUAAUGCAGCGGGGUAUGUUGUCAGUAUAGAUGAGCAGAGAUAACGUUGUUAUUGGAUACUUUCAUAUCGAAUUAGGAGUUUGGAGUUGAAGAAUGUGAAUUGUUUGUAAAAUAUGCUUUUGACCUAUCUUGUAAUUGGUCAGUGCUUAGAUGUUGAGUAUGGCACACAUACUCCAGGUUACAAUUAAACUGUCCAUCAGGAAUUUGUGCUGCUCUGCUACGGUAACCAUGGUAAUGAUAUGGUUUGACAUUAUAGCGGACUUAAGCUUGGGGUGCAGAGAGAAACAGCACUGUGAUAUUUGAUGAUGUGACAACCCUAUUGACUUGUACCUAUUAAAUAAAAA